AUGUCAGUAACCACGACCGCCAACCCCGCCACCUACAACCUGCAAAGCGUACUUGCAGAAUACGAUUUACAUCACACGGAAGAAACCCACGACCCAAGUCUCAACGCGCAUCCCAACCCAAACUCAUCCGCCCAAAACCCAAGUCACUGGCCCACCGACCAUCGUCGCGUUCCGGCAUACAGACCCAUUAAUACUGCGCUGGACCAGGGCCAACGCAGAGUUUACCUCAACACUGGCGAGCAAGUCUUUGUCGGCAUCAUGUUUACGGGUGUAUUUCUCGAAUCGGCUGUAUCGAAGAUAUGGAGGGCGUCGCUGGGUAGGGUGUGGAAUGCUGGGUAUAAGAUUGGCGGGGAGUGGUGA